CCAAACACAUCCAACAUAGUCCAAACUUUGGAAAGGGACAAUGAAACAUACAAAAUUUUCUUUUUCUUCUCCCACGGUUGAAACAAAAACCCAUCUCUUUAACUCUCUCGUCCUGUGGGUAAAUUCCUUCUUAAAACGCCCAUGGCGAGGAUACACAGGAAACUCUUACCAGCAUUAUCCAGUACAAACGAAACCAAUGUAAACGAAACACAAGAUUGUCCUGAAUUUUGCGAUCCAGCUUGCCCUUACAGCUGCUAUUCCUUCCCAGACUACUACUUCCCACCACCUCCGCCUCCUCCGCCUCCCUUUUCGGCCACUGAUCAUUCCAGCUCAGGUACUCAUAUCUCCUCCUAUUUCAUCAUCCUCGCUUCCCUGUUCACGGUCAUUUUUAUUCUCCUGGGUUUGUACGUGAUCAAAACCAAGUGUUAUGCUAAUCGGCGUGGCUGGAGACAAAAUGGAUCCCGAUCAGAGGCCUCAGACCACGAGUUUCUUGAUGAGAACCAAGUUGAUCACCCUCUCUGGUUUAUCACCACCGCUGGUCUACAGCAGUCGAUUAUAAAUUCUAUCACAGUUUGUAAGUACAAAAGGGGUGAUGGGUUGAUUGAAGGAACCGAGUGUUCGGUGUGUUUGAACGAAUUUCGAGAAGAUGAAACCUUGAGACUCUUGCCCAAGUGCAGCCAUGCCUUUCACAUACCCUGUAUUGAUACUUGGCUGCGUUCUCAUACCAAUUGUCCUCUCUGUCGUGCUGGGAUUGUCUUGAGCAAUGCCAGACCUGAGGCUUCCGUGUCAAAUUUGGCUUCGAGGGACCUAAACUCGGACAAUUCACGCAGGAACCAAGAGAUUCAGCCUGAGAAUCCGCUAAACGAUGGUGAAGUAAACAACAAUACGCAGGUAAUUGCAAAUGGGGCAUCUGGAAACACAGCUGGAACAGUGGAAAGUCGAGAAUUCAACGAUAAUUUGAUCUCAAAGGAGUACGCGAAUGUUGCACUCAAUGGUCCAAAAGAGGAUCAUGAGGAUCUAAAUGAAGGGAAGCGAAUCGAGAUAAGGUCUAUGUCUAUGGAUUCUAGACGGGCAAAUUCUUCUGCUUCGGAACCCGAAGAAAGCCUUCCGGUGUUCAAAGAAAUUAGGCGCUCCUCUGUUACUAAAUGUCUACAGCUGAGCCCUGUUCCUAUGAAGAGGUCGUUCUCUUGCAGUGGAAGGAUUCUGUCUUCCAGAGAUCACAGGAAUCUGCAUAUAACUCUUCCAUAUUAGAAUUUAUCAUCUAUUCAUGAUAUGUGUGUGUGUGUGUUGUCGUGCUUCUUCUCUUUAAGAUUUUUUUGGGGGUGGGAUGCAUAAUUGUUUAUACAGAAGACAUAAGAGGAAAACUUGUGGGAAUUUUAUUCGAGCUCUGCUUCGGAAAGAUAAAAAUGUUGUGCCAAUCAAGUUGGAGGCAGACUAGACAAGAAUAACUCUGCUGCACCAGGUGCAGAGGCAGAAGUGCCGAAGGGUUUGAUUUUUGUCCCAGAAUGAUGAAUCAAACAGUUUUCUUUUCAUCAGGAA